GUGAGAAGAGGAGCAGGAUGAGCAGAGAGAUCUGUGCUUGAAGUUGGGGCACUUGAGAAUGAUUCUUUGAAUGUGGAAGAGAUCUGAGCAGAUGAAAAUACAAUCAGAUAGGCACCAGGGAAGGUCCUUAAGUGAAGAGGAAAAUGCAAACAUGGCAGCAGCAAUGGAAACAGAACAGCUGGGUGUUGAGAUAUUCGAGACUGCAGAGUGUGAGGAGAAUAUUGAAUCACAGGAUCGGCCUAAAUUGGAGCCGUUUUAUGUUGAGCGAUAUUCCUGGAGUCAGCAAAAACUGCUUGCUGAUACCAGAAAAUAUCAUGGCUACAUGAUGGCCAAAGCACCACAUGAUUUUAUGUUUGUGAAGAGGAAUGAUCCAGAUGGGCCUCAUUCAGAUAGGAUCUAUUAUCUUGCCAUGUCUGGUGAAAACAGAGAAAAUACACUAUUUUAUUCUGAAAUCCCUAAAACCGUCAACAGAGCAGCAGUCUUAAUGUUGUCUUGGAAGCCUUUGGAUCUUUUUCAGGCCACACUGGACUAUGGAAUGUAUUCUCGAGAAGAAGAACUGUUAAGAGAAAGAAAACGCAUUGGGACAGUUGGAAUUGCUUCUUAUGAUUACCACCAAGGAAGUGGAACAUUUCUGUUUCAAGCUGGUAGUGGAAUUUAUCAUGUAAAAGAUGGAGGGCCACAAGGAUUUACCCAACAACCUUUACGGCCCAAUUUAGUGGAAACUAGUUGUCCCAACAUACGGAUGGAUCCAAAAUUAUGCCCAGCUGAUCCAGACUGGAUUGCUUUUAUACAUAAAGAUAUUUGGAUAUCCAACAUCCUAACUAGAGAAGAAAGGAGGCUCACCUAUGUUCACAAUGAGCUAGCUAAUAUGGAAGAGGAUCCCAGAUCAGCUGGAGUUGCUACCUUUGUUCUUCAAGAAGAAUUUGAUAGAUAUUCUGGCUAUUGGUGGUGUCCAGAAGCUGAAACAACUCCUAGUGGUGGUAAAAUUCUUAGAAUUUUAUAUGAAGAAAAUGAUGAAUCAGAGGUGGAAAUUAUUCAUGUUACAUCCCCUAUGUUGGAAACAAGGAGAGCAGAUUCAUUCCGUUAUCCUAAAACAGGCACAGCAAAUCCAAAAGUCACUUUUAAGAUGUCAGAAAUAAUGGUUGAUGCUGAAGGAAGGAUUAUAGAUGUCAUAGAUAAAGAACUAAUUCAACCUUUUGAGAUUCUCUUUGAAGGAGUUGAAUAUAUUGCCAGAGCUGGAUGGACUCCAGAGGGAAAAUAUGCUUGGUCCAUCCUACUAGAUCGUUCACAAACUCGUCUACAGAUAGUGUUGAUCUCACCUGAAUUAUUUAUCCCAGUAGAAGAUGAUGCUAUGGAAAGACAGAGACUUAUCGAGUCAGUGCCUGACUCUGUAACACCACUCAUUAUCUAUGAAGAAACAACAGACAUCUGGAUAAACAUCCACGACAUCUUUCAUGUUUUUCCCCAAACUCGAGAAGAUGAAAUUGAGUUUAUUUUUGCCUCUGAAUGUAAAACAGGUUUCCGUCAUUUAUAUAAAAUCACAUCCAUUUUAAAAGAGAGCAAAUAUAAGCGAUCCAGUGGUGGACUGCCUGCCCCAAGUGAUUUCAAAUGUCCUAUCAAAGAGGAAAUAGCAAUUACCAGUGGCGAUUGGGAAGUUCUUGGCCGGCAUGGAUCUAACAUCCAGGUUGAUGAAGUCAGAAGACUGGUAUAUUUUGAAGGCACCAAAGACUCUCCUUUAGAACAUCACCUGUAUGUGGUCAGUUAUGUAAAUCCUGGAGAGGUGAUAAGGCUGACUGACCGUGGCUAUUCCCACUCUUGCUGUAUCAGCCAGCAUUGUGACUUCUUUAUAAGUAAGUACAGUAACCAGAAGAAUCCACACUGUGUAUCCCUCUACAAACUUUCAAGUUCUGAAGAUGACCCCACUUGCAGAACAAAGGAAUUCUGGGCCACCAUUUUGGAUUCAGCAGGUCCUCUUCCUGACUAUACCCCUCCAGAAAUUUUCUCCUUUGAAAGUACUACUGGAUUUACACUGUACGGAAUGCUGUACAAGCCUCAUGAUCUACAACCUGGGAAGAAAUACCCAACUGUGCUGUUCAUAUAUGGUGGUCCUCAGGUGCAGUUGGUAAAUAAUCGCUUUAAAGGAGUCAAAUAUUUCCGCUUGAAUACCCUCGCCUCUCUGGGUUAUGUGGUUGUGGUGAUUGACAACAGGGGAUCCUGUCACCGAGGGCUUAAAUUUGAAGGUGCCUUUAAAUAUAAAAUGGGUCAAAUAGAAAUUGAUGAUCAAGUGGAAGGACUCCAAUAUCUAGCUUCUCAAUAUGAUUUCAUUGACUUAGAUCGUGUGGGCAUCCACGGUUGGUCUUACGGAGGAUACCUCUCCCUGAUGGCAUUAAUGCAGAGAUCAGAUAUCUUCAGGGUUGCUAUUGCUGGGGCCCCAGUCACUCUGUGGAUCUUCUACGAUACAGGAUACACAGAACGUUAUAUGGGUCACCCUGACCAGAAUGAACAGGGCUAUUACUUAGGAUCUGUGGCCAUGCAAGCAGAAAAGUUCCCCUCUGAACCAAAUCGUUUACUGCUCUUACAUGGGUUCUUGGAUGAGAAUGUCCAUUUUGCACAUACCAGUAUAUUACUGAGUUUUUUAGUGAGGGCUGGAAAACCAUAUGAUUUACAGAUCUAUCCUCAGGAGAGACACAGCAUAAGAGUUCCUGAAUCUGGAGAACAUUAUGAACUGCAUCUUUUGCACUACCUUCAAGAAAACCUUGGAUCACGUAUUGCUGCUCUGAAAGUGAUAUAAUUUUGACCUGUGUAGAAUUCUAGUAUACACUGGCUAUUUAACCAAAUGAGGUUUAAUCAAUAGAGAACACAGAAUUGAUCAUCACAUUUUGUACCUGCCACAUAACAUCUACUUCCAAAAGUAAAUUUGGUGCCAUGCAGGCAUCUACAACUUGUGGAUAGUAAUCUAAUACCUUAACUGUACACACACAAAUCGAAUGAUACAUAUGUCUAAGGGAUCCAGCAAUACCAUGAGAAAUACUGAAAGAAAUAAGACAGUAGCAUCACAUAUCCAUACUACCCUAUUUUCACUUUUAAUAGCAUUAUAAAUCUCAUGGACUUAAUUAGUGUAUUUUUACAAUAUACUUCUGCAUUUAUUAAAAUAUGAUAUUAGUGAGCAAUUUGGUUCAAUUCCAGAAUCUCUAUUUACAGAUUUGAUAGCACUUAAAUGUAAUUGAAUAGCUUAUGCUUCAUUGCUUGAGGUGUAUCCAGCAUGUUGUGAACUAAUCACUAUUAAACCUAUGACUUAAUCAGUCAUUAAUGCUUUUUCAGGAUAACUUAGUGGCCUCCUAAAGAUACUUAUUUUGGCUUCUGACCAGUUUUUAGCCAAUUUAAACUGUAUCUAGUAUAAAUGGUUCUCUUUUUUUCUUUGAUGACAAAGUAAGUUUUUCCUUUCACAUAAAGACAAAUAACUGUAUAUAGCAUGGAUUUAAUUAGUCUUAUGAUGUUGAUAAUUACAGACAAGAUUUUUAAUCAGAUGAUUAGAGAACUUAAAUAUUUGCAGGCAAGUUUUUUUUUUUUUUCCUUCAUUUAGGAAAAGAGAAUGGUAACAUUCCCUUGCAUUCAGAAAAUUUGGUGGUGCCAGUUUCCUUGUGAUAUUUCCCUAUUAAAAUAUUUCAGAAUUUUAGGGAGGUGGAAGGGAAUCACAGUGGUGUGGGGAAAACCAGGGAGGGAAGGUGGCAAGGGUCUGCUUCAGAACUAAGCAGAAGUAGUUUAAACAAAAAUACUCAUGAAAAAAAUUUGGAAAAUGAAAUUUAAACUACUAGAAUAUUAAGAAACCAGAAUUAAGAAGUCACUCUCUUGCCAACAUAGCUACAGACUAACAUCAUUCAGGGGAGGAAAAGUUCCUUAGAGUUACUUUUAUAUUUCAGGAUUUUUUUGUUGUUGUUUUUGUUAUUUUUCCUCUUAAUUUUAGAAUUCUUACAGAUUUAAACUUUUAUCUUUAAAUUAUUGAACAUAAUUUAGGUAUUGUGAGCUUAAAAUAAAAAGAUUUCCAAACAGCCUCUUUACCAUAAACAAACCCCUGGUAAGCCAUAGCUCUUUGUUUCAGAGUUUAAAGCCUAUAGGCCAUGACAUUUUGUGGGCUUAACCUUCACACUUGACUGAAGGGUGCUCAUGAGCUAUCAAGUACUGAUUGAAAUCUGCCCUUUUAGGGUCUUUGGGUACUAUGGGUCUCGUUGAAACCAGAGUCAGGAAAGGCACCCAUGAGUUUGACUCUUUUUAAUCACAAACUUCAGUAUAUAAAAAGUCAUUACUAGUACUUUUAAAUCACUCCAAGAAAAAUCUAUUUCUUUCUCACCACUACAGAUAGUAUAGAUUUAUUCCACAGAAUACAGUCCGCCUUAGUAAGGAACAUGACUGCACCAGGGGUAGACUUCACUGAGUGCCAGGUGAGAGGUGGAGGAGACCCAGAAAUGGCAGAGUGACCUGGUGGUUCUGUCCUUGGAGAAGGGGGAUUGGGUUUUGCUAAUUGUGUAUUUAUACUGUAUAAUAGAUUCCAUACUUUUCUUUAUUAUCUGUGUCUGUAUUGAUUUUCAUGUUUGUGAUGUUUUCUCAUGCCAAGAUUUGUUUAUAUUUUUUCAGUGUUAAAUUAAAUUGGUUCGGGUAACUUUUCUUCCCCAAGAAAGUAUUUUCCCUCAUGACUUAAGUAUACAUCUGACUGUUGAGGAUGGUAUUUUUUGGACUAGUUGACCUCCAAGGAAUCUAUCCUUUAUGCAAAGUAGAAAUGGUAUAAAGUAGCUUUUAGACAGCUACUUAUUUGAAACCUCUUAUCCAUUAAGGUUGUUUAUUUAAUAUAGCAUCUCUUGUUUUACCAAAACAAACAAACGUUCAAAAACCUCAUAUGUUCUUGAAUUUAGGUGUUUUCCUUUUCCAUUUUGCCUUUUUCCUUCCUAUCACCAGGAAUGUUCUUUAUAAAAGCUCCCAGUCACUUAAAUGCCAUUCUACUUCUCUAGGGGAAGAAAUUACCAGACUGAAUUUGCUUUUUACAACCUGUAUAGAAAACAUCAUAGUAAUUGAAAAAGUCAGUAGGAAUCAUACUGUUUCUUUGUACCCUGACUAUGGGUAAUCAUAGUGUAGAAAAGUAACAAAAAAGUAGUUUUGUAAGAGCUAAAAAGCACCAGGUUAAACACCAAACUAGGUUUUUGUAUGAUUGAUAAAUGAAUAGCCAUCACCCAAUACAGUUGCUUAAACUUUGUAGAACAGUAGAACUCAAAAAUCAAAGAUUCAUGUGGGGUGCUUACUAAAAGAAAUACUGUCUACAACCUCACUCCUAAGAAAUUUGUAUCCAUUGAUUUGGGUAGAGAUCAGGAAUGUGCAUUUCUAUCAAGCUUUCUAGGUGAUGCUAAAUCAAAUCACUUUGGACUACUUUAAGAAAUGUCUCAAGGGGCUGAGAGUAUAGCUCAGUGGUGGAGCACUUGCUUAACUGCUCAACACCCUGGGUUUGAUCCCUACAGCUGGAAGAAAAAAAAAGAAGAAACUCUCUGUAAAGAAUGGGAUUGGAUUAAGAAAAUCAUAGAUAAAUUUCUAUACUUGACUGACUCAUAAGAACAUAAAAAACAAUAGUCAAGAAAGCUGCUGUUGUGUGAUAACUGUUGGUCCCUUUUCAUUCUGUAAGUAGCAGAAGAAAUUAACUUUGUAUCCCCUUUGUCUAGAGAUUCAUUUUGGAAUGAAGGUUUUUUCCUUUAUGCCAUUCAUUCCUGGCUCUUAUCCAAAGGCUCACACAAGAAUAUGACAUAAAGCAUGCAUUACCUUUUAAAAUAAUGAAAUAUAGAUAACAAUGCUUGCUUUUUUUUUUCAUGCUUGUUUUAUUCCUUACAGAAGGUGGUAUCCCACCUUUCUAUAACAUUGUUCUCUCUAGGUGGAUGAUUCCAGUAAGAUUUCAUUAUUAUAGAAUCAUAAGUUUUCAAGCUGGAAUAAAUCUUGGAUUAAUCUACUGUUCUCGCUUGUUAGAAGAGGAACCUACAUACUACAGAGAGGAAGCCACACAGUUGGUAUCCGGUUGGUACUAAAUUCCAUCCAGAUGUCCUGCCUCAUGGUAGUUAAAUGAUACAUAGAAAAGGCAGAUUUUUAAAGAUUUAUUUAUUAAUAUGUUCCUAUAAACAUUUUAAAGGUAAACCACAUAAAAUGGUUAAUUUUUUCAUUCUAAGUAAAUGCUAAGCAUGCUUAUUAAUGAAGCAGUACUUCUAAUUAGUGAAUGAGAUUCUGAAGUUAAUUUAACUCAUUACACUGAAUGUGUCUUCCUUGGUGUAGUAGGGGAUAUGGUGAUUGGGAUAUAGAGCAGAGCCCUUACUUAAACACAAAAGCCCAUUUUACAGCAAUCUGAUAAAGAGACAUGACUGUAAAUUAAGAUAUGUAAUGUGAGUGUCCUUUCCCUCCAGAUAUUAAGGAAUAAGGAAACUUCUCUUACCCCAACCUUCCCAACCCUACCUAUCCACCUUCCAGCCCAAAAUACUGAGACAUCUUAGUGCAAGGUGCUGAGCUCUAGGAAAUUAUUUCAGAAGACCCUCACAAAGAGAGAAAAAGUCUUAUUUGUAUGUUUGUUUUUAAAUAACCCAAAUGCAAAUUUAUGUUAUAUUCAGCAACAUUGGAGUUCAGGUCUUUAAUUUUAGAGCAUAAAGUGCCUGCUGUUUUAAGCAUUGACUUGUAUAAAAUGAAUUGCAUGUCUCACUCCAGUAAGUUUAUGGGUUUUUUCAUUUUCAGCAACAUGGCUUUUAAUCAUGUAAAGUGAAACAUUAGUUUUGUUGCAUUUUAUUACAGGUUCUUGGUUGCAAUAAAGAUGCUGCUGAAAUUAAUUGAUUUAAAUGUUCC